AUGGAUAACCAUACUCUCAACAACAAUAAUAACGAUGGAACAUCUGUUGAGAUGGUUUCCAGACCCGACUCCAAUAUAGGAGACAACAAGAAUCUUGACAAGCACAUCGAAAAUACCUCUGAUACCGUGCAUUCAGAAGUCCUCGAAACAAGGUUUGCCACUUUGAGUAAAAUCCAGGUGGUGAAGGUUUUUUGGAAAUCUAUCCUUUUCUGCGGUAUCCUUUUAUGGUCCGCUCUUAACGAUGGUUUCCAACAACAAGUCCCGGGUAACAUCAUAGCUUUACCCGCAUUCAUCGCGACGAUGGGUGAUACGGUAAUUAACGGACAGCCAGCCAACAGUGCCAAGGUAGUUUCCUAUUGGCAAGGUUUUGCCGAAAUGUCCAAGACCUUGGGUAUGUUUGCCGGUGGUACAAUCAUGGAUCGAUUUGGACGAAAGAAAGCAAUGAUCGUCUCCUUGGUCGUCCUAUUGGCAGGCUCCGUUGCCGAGAUCGCCUCACGAAAUUGGAAAGAUUGGCUAGGAGCGGCCGUCCUGAUUCGAUUGGGUGUCGGUCUUGCGCAAACCAUCUUAAUCACCUACGUGUCUGAGAUCGCACCAUUCCAAGUUCGAGGUUUCAUGCUCGGUUCCUAUCAAGUACUUUUGACUUUUGGUCAAUUGAUCGUUGCUAUUGCCGCAAAACUCAUCGAAGUUCACCAACCAACUCAAUGGCGACCAUUAAUCGGUAUCGAAUUCAUGUUCACCGGUAUUUCCUGCUUGACUAUCUGGUUUGUUCCUGAGUCUCAUAUCUUCCACGCCCGUCGAAACAGACAUGAGCAAGCCAAGCAAUCGAUGCUGAAGCUCUACGGCAACGCUCCUGGCUACGAUGUCGAAUGGGAAUACCGGGUCGUACAAGAAGGUAUCGAAGAAGAGCGCAGAAUCAUGGCGGAGGGUGGCAAAGCCUCUUUCCUCGACAUUUUCCGAGGCACCAAUUGGCGACGAACUUUGGCUGGUUGUGUUGGUAUCUGUUCCCAAUGGGCUGCAGGUGCUCCUAUCGUAUUCAGUUACUCUACUUACUUCUUCACCGUCGCCGGAUUGGACAACCCCUUCCUUGUCUCCAUUCUUACUUUCCUUUUAGGAAUGAUUGCACAAGGCUCAGCUCUUUUCCUCUGCGAGUGGGUUGGACGAAGACCUCUACUAGUAGGCGGUUGUUUUCUUAUGUGUCUUUUCAAUGUUGCCAUUGCUUCAACCUCAUUCUCGGAUUCUACUGCAAGUGGUAAAGCCGGACUCGGAUGUCUCCUUAUCUGGGUCAUCUGUUACGGUCUAUCCGCAGGACCAAUCGGUUUCGUAGCUGCCGGUGAAACUUCAACACCUCAUCUUCGAGCUCAAACUACCUCCUUCAAUCUCGGUUGCUACGGUUUAGGAUUCGUUGUAUUCCAAUGGUCUAUCUCGUACAUGAUCUCUCCAGAUGCGGCAAACUUGGGCUUGAAGGCUAUCUAUAUUUGGGCCGGACUCCUUGUCCCGACGACAACGAUCCUGUUCUUCUUCUAUCCUGAGACUUAUGGCCGUUCUUACCAAGAACUUGACGAGCUUUACGAACGGAGAAUUCCCGCUUGGCGAUUUAAGAGCACCAAGACCCAGAUUGAGCUUUCUGGUCGAAAGAACAAAGCUCUUGUCCAUUACGGACACUAG